AUCAACUCUACGCCAUAUAAUCUUAUGCUGCAAUAUUCAAGAAAAUUGAUAGCACUCAAAUUUAUCCACGAUUGGAAAAGGAAGCCGUCGAUCACUGUCUUUACUCUGUGAGUGUUUUGGUCUAAAAAGUCCCGAGAUUCCUGCAAUGGAAGGGGAAACAAAUCAGGAUCAUUCCUUUCUCGGAGCAUUGGACUCACCGGAAGGCUCUCCUAGCAGUAAUGCUGUGGAUGGCUUGGCUUCUGAUGGUAACAGGCAUGACGGAAGUAACGUUGGCACAAGUAACCUGCAAGAACAAACCUUCGAUGAUGAUGCUGUGCCACAAAAGGAGAUUCUGGUCCGUGGCACUGCCUCGGGAAGUUUAACUACAUCAUCAAGUGCGUCUUCUUCUGAUCAACCGAGUUCAAGUAGUGGAAUUGGUAGACUACUCUCUGGACGCUUCACAUUUAAGUCCAACCAGCUGGUAAAGAAGUUAUUGCAGAAUAGUGUUCAUUUACGUGUCGGUGGCAUUGACUCAAGAAGUUUAUCUAUAUCAUUACAUGUGCCUUCUUCUAAUCAACAAUGGUAUACAAGUAUUGGAGUUAGUACUCGUGGACUACGCCUCACUCCUCUCAGAAACUUAGCUCCAAGGCUAGUUGGAAAUGUUGCUCAGGUGUCCGGAAAUCAGGAGUGGAUAAGUGACUAUCCGUGGAGUACUGGACUGAGUGAGGAACAGAUUCGCGGCCGUUUGAAAGAGCGGAAGCAUACAAAGGAAAGAUGCAGCAUCUGUCUGGAGGAUUAUGAUGAAGGAGAUGAUCUUGGGAUAUUGGAUUGUAAGCAUGAGUUCCACAAGAGUUGCAUCGAGAAAUGGUUGCUACUGAAGAACACAUGUCCAAUUUGCAUAAGAAAAGCCUUGGAAAUUGAAUGAUGGAAAUAGCAGCAAUCAAGAAAAUGUAAAUUAAAUGUUAAAAUCAAUACAAUACAUUUCAUUGCUAAGGUCAUUAUGCAAGAGCUGUGAUAACCGUUUUAACUGAUUCCCGCUG